AUGGCAUCUGCGAUGUCACAACAGUAUGCAUUCAGAUCUCAAAAGAGUCUUGGACUCGUUGGCGGUUCUCCUGAUUAUGAGACUGUGAAGGGAUUUGAAGCGCCUGAGGCGACGGCGCGUACAUAUACCUACAGUCCCGAUGGUCGCCUGUUUGCAUACCUUCUUCCUAAUUGUGUGCGCAUUCAUUACGCCGAGAGUGCGGAACUGCUGCGCGAGUUACCGUUUCCCAACAUCAUAGAGAUUAGCUUUUCUCCCCGUGGCACGUAUAUAUCUACUUGGGAGCGAGUCGUGAAGCUUGAAAAUGAUGCGCAACACAAGAACCUACGCGUCUUCUCGGUCUCGAGUGGUGAAGAGCUCGCAUCCUUCACACAAAAGGCUCAGAGCGGCUGGGAGCUUCAAUUUACUAUUUCCGAGUCUCAUGCGGUGCGUUUGGUAGGGCAGGAGAUCCAAGUCUUUCAUCCCGCGGACUGGUCAAAGGGUGUUGUGGACAAGGUCAGGCUUGAGGGUGUUUCUGCUAUAUCCCUGAGUCCUGGGUUAAACCCAUUCAUAGCUGUCUUCAUUGCUGGAAAGAACGGCCAACCUGCGAACAUCAGAGUGUACAGCCUGUUAACACUUUCUGGCUCGCACACCUGUUCCAAAACAACGUUUCGUGCCGAUAAUGCUCAGUUCAAGUGGAACACAAUUGGCACUCAGGUCCUCGCUCUUGUUAGAACCGAUGUCGAUCAAACAAACAAGAGCUACUAUGGCGAAUCGCGGUUAUACCUCCUUAGCUCGUCGGGAACAUUUGAUUGCCAAGUCACCACGACGAAGGAAGGACCUAUUCAUGACUUUGCCUGGAGCCCAAACUCAAAGGAAUUCGGCGUUGUAUGCGGCUAUACUCCCAUGAGUGCUGUCCUUUUCGACAGUCGCGUCAAGAUCAUCCACGACUUCGGGACUGCGCCACAAAAUUUCAUUUCCUUCAAUCCACAAGGCCGCUUAAUCGCGCUUGCGGGUUUUGGGAAUAUGUCUGGCAAGAUCAACGUCUACGAUCGUCGUUCUUGCGAGAAGAUUGCAGAGGUUGAUGCUCCAAAUACAACAUUCUUCGAGUGGUCGCCUUGCGGGCGUUUUAUGUUCACGGCGACGCUAUCCCCGCGGCUGCGCGUCGACAAUGGAAUUAAAAUUUGGCAUUGCAGCGGCCCACUGAUGCACGUACAGCUUAUCGAUGAACUAUAUCAGGCAUCAUGGAGACCUAUCCCCGUGGACUCCGUUGGGGCCUUUCCACAGGCUAUUCCGCCUGCGCCUUCACCUAGUCCGAGCGUCGCACUCUUCAAUGCGGGUGCAAAGCCGAUAUCCUCGAAGCCUAUGGGCACAUAUCGUCCUCCAGGCGCUCGGGGUUUAGAGGCUUCUUCUGUUUACAAACGCGAAGAUAGUGAACCAAAUAGCGGCGCGAACACGCCUAAUCGCCCGCAUAACCGGAGUCCUGGGCCUGGUGCAAACGGUUACGGUGGACCUGGUUCAGGACGCGGGCGUGGUCGCUACGUUCCUGGCGCGGCGCCUGCUUCGCCAACGCCUGCCAGAGGAGGCGGGGCGAAGAAGCACACUCGAACGAAGAGGAACAAAGCUGACAAGAAACAGGAUGGAAAGGCUGAAAAGGAACCUAGUGGGGAGGCUGAAAAUGAACCUAGUGGGGAGGCAACACCACUUGAUGGUGCCGAAGGAGAGGAGCAGCUUCCACAAGCAACAGUCACGGAGCUGCAAGCUGCUGCAGCGGCAGUCGUCGAGAAUGCGGGGGCCACCCAGGAUGCGCCCGUCGUUGAUGACAAUGCGCUCGAGGCUUUAUCGAAGCAAAUGCGUAAUCUCAGGAAGAAGCUUAAGGCCAUUGACGACCUCAAAGACCGGCAAAACAAAGGAGAGCGCCUUGAAGACACCCAGGUCAAAAAGAUUGGAACGGAGAGCGACAUUCGUCGAAAGUUAGACGACCUCUCGCUACAGAGUGGCAUUCCCGUUGGAAGCUAA